CCCCCCCCCCUUCGGCACAACCCACAAUCCACACGCCACCCCACCGACACCACCAAAAGCGGAAAGGCACCAACCACAGCAGCACGAUGCACCACCGCGGUCACCGGGCGCUUCGCCCGGCGGGCACCCGCUGUUUCCGCGGGCCGGGAACGGCACACCAAACGAGCGGGGCAGCAGCACCGGGGGGCUUCGGCGGUCGUUCUCUUUGCGGGCAAGGCGGCGGCGGUGGGUUCCGGGGCCACCGCCGCCCGCGGUCGAUGGAGGAAGGUGGCACCGCAGCCGCAGCCGCUAUCGCUGCUUCUGGCGGUCGCUGCAAGCAAAGCGGGGACGCUUUGUCGUUUCCCUCCGGCCUUCGGGGAAGGGGGCAGCGGUGGCGGUCGACCCACCGCCACCGGCCUUCCGCAGGUGCUCCCGGGGAAAGCGAAGAGCCUCCCGCCGUUCGUGUCACGAGGACCCGGAGUGCGGUUCGGGGGGAUCCUUCCGCGGCGUUGGCCUCUGCUUCCGAUGCUUCUGCCGCGGAUGCUUCUCGUGCUUUUGCUGCGGCUCCUUCCUCUGCCGCCCGGCGGCCCUACGAUCCCCGGGCGGAGGACCUGGCUUCCUCGGUCGACGAGCUGCUGUUGAGGACCCGGGCCCUCAUGGACGGAACGGACGAUCGAGGGGACGCCCUUGGCCCGCGGGCCCCCUCGGCCCACCACGUGGUGGCCUUCUCGGGCGGGAUCGACUCGUCCCUGGCCGCGGCCCUCGUGCACGAGACCCUCCGAACGUCCUCCCCGGGGGCCUACGCCUCCGAGAGGGCCACCGCGGUCCUGGGCCUGUCCCCGGCGGUCCCCCUUGAGCAGGAGCUGCUGGCAAGGGAGGUGGCGGCGCACAUCGGCAUCGCCCUGGAGACGGUCCGGACGACCGAGGGGAGCGACGACCUGUACGUGGCCAACGACGGGAGGGCCUGCCUGGCCUGCAAGACGCACCUGUACGACAACCUCCGGAGCAUCGCCGAUCGGUACCUGCCCUCCGGUGCUUCGGGCGGCGGGAGCGGCAAUGCCCACGGCAAUGCCCAUGGCAAUGCCCUUACCGACGUCCUCUUGUACAACGGGACCAACGCCGAGGACCUCGACGACCCGACCCGCCUGGGCCUGGUCGCCGCCUCGGACUUUGGGGUCCGGUCCCCGCUCUCCCACCUCUCCAAGGCGUCGAUCCGGUCGAUCGCCAGGCACUACUUCGGCCUGCCCAACUGGGACCGGGCGGCGGCCCCCUGCCUCCGGUCCCGGCUGGCGGUGGGGGUCCUUGCCACGGAGGAGCACCUCCGGAGGGUGGGGGCCGCCGAGGCCUUUGUCAAGCGGGAGCUGCACCCCUGGGACCACCGCCGGGGCCUGCGGGUCCGGGUCCUGGCGGGGAACCGGGCAAUGAUCGAGGUGGAGGAGCAGGUGGCCCCUCCGGACGGGGGCGGGGGCGGAGACGGAGACGAAUGCAAAGACGAAUCCGGACGCGGGAUCCUGGACGAGAUCCGGGACCGCCUCGGCGACACCGGCCCGGCGGCGCCGGCUUCCGGCGCCACCCGGUGCGGGUCUCCCUGGCGGCGGCAUUUCCUGGACGAGCUCGGGUUUGCCUCGGUCGGCGUUCGGCCCUUCCGGACGGGAUCCGUGGCGCCCACCGCCGCCCAGCUGCGGAAGCACCGCGGAAGGGAGCGAGGGAACGAACCCCAAAGGAACCCCACGGAGGCAAUGCCUCCCAGCUAGCCAAGGAUGCGACCCGUGCGACCGACCGACGCAACCGUCGCCGUGCACUUGCUAUAGAUACUCUAAUGUGUCCACCUCGGAGGGUUCGAGCCAUUUCAGUGUUCCGUACACCACCCAAAAAAAAACGUCGUUCCAGCUUUUGCAAGCGGUCCCUGACACCCUCGCACAAAUCCCUGGCGACCCCCUCGGUUCCUCCAUCAAUACGUUUUGGCACUUCUUUCCUUGCUUUUUCGUUGCAAACAAACCAUGCGGUAGUUCCUUUUCGUUCCUUUCUGCUGCUUUCCACUCCAUCGUUCGGUGCCCGCCUUGGAAGCUACAUACAGCACUGCCGUAUUUCAGCACCAACAGAACCCCUUACCCAGCAGUUUGCAGCGUUCACUACUAUGCAGUGGCAUCCCAACUAGCAAGCAGUAAUGGGAGGUAAUCCAGUUAUAAGCACUAAUAUUCAUUCUCCGGUAGUAAGCACUGAUUUCAUAUCCCCAGUAGUAAGGACCACUAAUGUAAAUAAUUUAGGACCAGCGAG